GUAUUCAGAUGACGUCUUCUUGUCAGAUGAUCAAAACAAAAGCUGAGACGUAUUCCGAUAGUAUUUCGUGUUGUGUUUUCAUUGGUGACUCAUUCAGUGCAAGAAAUUCUGGAAAAUAUAUUGGAUAAUUGAGAGUGCAAGUUGUGUUUCCCUGUUAACAUUCCCGUAUAAUUUUCUUCCUGGUCGAUUGAGGCUAAAUCCUACCGUAAAAUGUCCCUCAAUACCGCUCACGCCAAUAACGGAGUGUUAAUUCAUGCCGGAGAAGGCAUCCUUAUCUUCUGUGACAAUGUCACCAUGGAGUUCAGCGGUCAGGAUGCCCCGGCUUUCAAGGGCACCAAGCAGGGUCGCGUCUAUCUUACCACGCAUCGCAUGAUUUUCAACAACAAGAAGGCCAGCGAUCCGAUGCAGUCGUUCAGUUUUCCCUUCGUCACACUAAAUGACGUUCAACUCGAGCAGCCAGUAUUCGGCGCGAACUACAUCAAAGGCAAGGUGCGAGCUCAGGAGAAUGGUAACUGGACUGGCGAAGCCAAGUUUAAGCUCGUUUUCAAGCACGGUGGAGCCAUUGACUACGGACAG